AUGGCCUUUCAAGAUGUAUCGUCGACGAAUCUUUUGACAGUCAACGAAGUCACCAAUGAAAAGUUCGAAGAAGUCGAUGCGGAAGGUGGAACACUGCUACUAGAUAACAGACGGAUAUGCGAAUCAGCAAAACAUCGUAUUCCUGGAUUUGCUCAGGGUAGCGGCUCAUAUUCAUCAGGUAUUCAUCGUAUUCGAUUUAGAAUACUUCGUGGCUUUUUAUUUGUUGGCAUUCGUUCACGAAAUCUACCAGUUCAAGUGGAUGAUCAUGGUGAAAACAGAUCGUAUAAUAAGAACAGUUGCACAUGCGGGUCAUUGAAUGCUAAUGAUAUCUACGUAUUGACAUUGAACUGUGAUGAACGGCGAUUAAGUAUAACGUUACCAAAUGGUCCACAACACGAUGAAAUAGAAGUUGAUCUUGUGCAUACACCUUUUCCUUGGCGUUUUUGUGUUAUGCUUACUCGUAUCGGUGGCUGCUUAUCAUUAGAAUAA